AUGCCACAAUAUGUUGAAGGGCUGUUACUGUACAGCUCCAACGUUGUUGCCAUGAGGAAGGUAGUGCAGCCGAUCCGGCUCGAGGCCGGGCUCCGCCGCCUGAAGAUUUCUCAAGCUGCUGAUGAUCUGAAACAAUUUUGCCGUCAAAAUGCUCCAAAUGAUCCCCAGCUGACUGGGGUAUCCUCCAGUACCAAUCCUUUCCGGCCCCAAAAAGUCUGUUCAUUCCUGUAG